AUGUGCGAUCUGGGCCUCAACUACUGGCAUCAUGACGUAUUUGAAAGGCCCUCGACAUUGAUCGGGCAAUUCCCUAUUCCUCCUGGCCCUGGGGAUGAACAGCUCUCGACCACCAUCAAUACCCUCGACGGCCGAUUCCCGGGUCACUGGCUACACACCGCGCCCAUGGAGCCCUACACGAACCAAGGGAGCCCCGUCAAUGACACUGGCGAGUUCCGCGCAAAGUACCUGGAAAAGUGGUGGAAGUUCCAGGACAUGUCGAUCUACCUGGUCGAUCCCAAGCUCUUCAUGGCCGGGUACGAGAGAGGAGUUCGGUCCCAACACUUUUCUCAGUUCGCCCUUGACGCCCUCAUAGCUUGUGCGCUACGCCUUGACAAAGACGAGUCGGUCCGGAGACUGGGUCGCUCGUAUGCCGAGCGGGCCAAAAAGCAGCUUAUCAAGGAGUUGGAAAGUCCCAUCAUGUCCACCAUCCACGGCUUCUGUCUGCUUAGUGACUACGAGUGUACCAACGGGAGCGAGAAUUUGGGGUGGAUCUACGUUGGUAUCGCAUGCCGUCUCAUAGUGGACUUGGGUCUGCAUCAAGACUGCACGGAACUGGUCGACUCCGGCAUCAUCUCCAAAGACGACGCCAUUGCUCGACAACGCAUGACGUACGGCACUUUUGUGUACGAACAAGUCUGGAGCGUUUUUCUGGGCCGCCCCUCGUCCCUGAAGGCCUCGAACAUUCUCAUCGCGUGGAUGUCGUGCGGUUACUCCGAGUACCAAGAGCAUUUACUGAACGCGUGGGUCGACCUGUCCAGUCUGGUGAGGAAGAUGGUCAACGCGUGUAAUCGGAUCAAACUGGACCACGAGAAGGCGCUGAGAAAGUGCAAACAGCUCGACGAGGCCAUCACGAGAUGGGAGACGUCUUUGCCUCCGGACCUGCGAUGGACCGAAAAGGACCCGACCUGCUGGCCACCCUCUCUGUGUGUGCUGUACAUGCAAUUCUGCAACGUCCAGAUCCUCCUCCACCGGACCGUCAGCUCUUGCCAACACUUGUACGCGUCUUCUUCUGGAGUGGCAGGCCGGAAUUCUGGGGAGUGGCCGUACAGCCGAGAGCAGUCGCAGCGGAUCAUGCACGAGAACGCCGUGAAUAUUGCACAGACGCUGGAAAUCCGCCGUCUCGCCUUUGAAGACUGGGGGUUCGCGACGCUCAUGCUGGACAUCAUCUUCACCACGGCGAGCACGCUGAUCACGAGCAUGGCGUCCAACGACAACCACGCCAGCGGGCUGAGAGACCACAAGUGGUUGAUUUGCAUCCUCGAAGUCUGCGAGUGCUUGCAGGUGCACUACCCGGUCGUCAAGCGCAUGAUCACCGUGCUCAACUCGCUGUUGGAGAGCACGGGUCUCGACAAAUUCAUCUGGCGAGGUCCGGCGGCCAAGAACGGCGGCGGCGGCGGCAGUGGCCAGAAUGAAACCGCCACGCCGACAGCAAAGGACCAGAGAACACUGAGCCAUUCGAGCGGGAGAGCCGCGCCGUUUGACCCAACCCGCUGGUGCGAGCCGGUGAUAUCAUCCUCGCCGGACCACACCCUUGUGGCCGGCUCGGAUGUCUCAGUGGCACCAGCACCAGCGGGCCAGCAGCCGUCUUCCACAGCUGACGUCCAACACGGACCAGGGAUGAGCGACACCGUAGCUUGUAACCCGUGGUUCCAGACUGACCACGGCGGAGAGCCCUGCACGUUUGGAUUCCUCGAAGUCGUCUCACCCCUGAACUGGGGGAUGACCACUACCGAAGCCGUCCUUCUUUAG